UUUUGGAACAGCCUCCCGAAGCUGUGGUUGACUAAAAGCGCUUUGAAAGAAACUCACCGACAAAAUCAACUGCUCUGUCCAAGUCAGACCUCGUUUCUCAACUCUGAUACCUUUGCCUCUGAUUUCUUACGUGGUUGCUCUGCUACUUCUUUACAAGAGAUCAGAAGAUCUUCCCGCUAUGGAGGACAAGAUCUAGCCGAUAUUAACAGAAAUGAUCCUGCACCACCCCACCUCUCUCAAUCCUCUAUAGAUCCUACCAACUCCAACCCAGCCCCACUGACUGGAAAACCCACUGUCUAUGAUCGGAAUUUUGAGGAACAUCUACUUGACCACGGUGUUUUUCUCCCAUUAUCUACGGAUCCCGAUGGGACGGAGCCGGCCGAACCAGCGAAUUUGGCCCAGAUACACAGGAGAUUAGAGGCUCCACGACCAUCGCGUGUAUUAUCACCGGUCUCAUUGAAGAAGGAAUACAAGGAAUACACCAGAGUCAAUAGCAGAGCCGUGGAUGAACAGCUAGUGAUCAAGGAUAUCCUGCCUAUUCUUGAGGGCAAACCAAUUACUGCUUCCACUUCUUCUUCUUCUUCUUCUUCUUCUUCUUCUUCGUCCCAGAAUGCCGGAGGACACGACUUUACGAAUCUGGCCCCGUUGACCGACGGGACGUUGGCCCAUGCGAAGCCCGAUUUCUACUACGGUGCACGAUCCCACCAGCUCGAGCCGGCUAUCCAAAAGCAGCUGAGUGACCAGAUCAUACCAUCCAUCCAAGGCAACCGCCCCGUAGCGCCGAACUUUCUUGUCGAGGGACAAGGUCAUUAUGGGUCCGUUCCUGUCGCUAUGCGGCAGGCUUGUUACGACGGUGCUCUGGGCGCGCGAGCGCUAUAUUCCCUCCAGUUUUGGGGAAAUGGGAACGGGACUACUGGUGAAUGCAGACCGACAUAUGACAACCAAGCCAAUACUCUGAUGUGUACGUAUCAUGGUGGAUGUCUGGGCAUGUACGCGACCCAUCCUACCAGGUUUAGGAGCAGCAACAACAACAACAACAACAACAACAACAACAACAAGUCUUCUACGGAUUAUGUGAUGACCCAAAUAGGGCAAUGGGCAUUACACGGGGAUCCCGAGACCUAUCAGCGGGGCGUGACUGCUUAUCAAAAUGCGCGGGACUUGACUGCUGAAUAUCGAGACUCGCUGAGCAAGCAGGUGAACAAUAUU